CUGUUUUUAGGAUAUUUUUAGGAUAUUUUUAGGACAUUUUUGGGAUGUUUUUGGGGUGUUUUGUCCCCCCAGAGAUGUACCAGAUCGGGCAGCAGACCCGUGCCCACGAGGGCAGCGUGUUCGCGCUGUGCCGCCGCCGCGACGGGACGGUGCUGAGCGGGGGGGGGAAGGACCGCAGGGUGCUCAGCUGGAGCCCCACCCUGCAGCUGCUGCACGAGGUGGAGCUCCCGGAGAGCCUGGGGGCCGUGCGGACGAUCGCCGAGGGUCCCGGGGAGGAGCUGCUGGUCGGGACCACCCGGAACGCGCUGCUCAGGGGCACGCUGGGCUCCGGCUUCACCCCCAUCGUGCAGGUGCGCUGGGGAGGGGGUCUUGUGGGGAAAUUUGGGGGUCGCGGAAACAGUGGGGGCGUCUUGUGA